GAGGGCUGGGGCGGGUUUGCAUCCGGUUCCGCUUGGUGCCUAGGGUGCCUGGGCUCUACUUCAACCUGCCAGUAACGGAGUGAGGGUGGGGCAGUUCUCCACACCACCCUGCCCAAGAGAUGUGACCUAAGAGGACAUGGAGGUACUGGGUGGCAGGAGAGGCGGCUGACCCGCUGAGCAAGGAGUCCCUGUGGCUUGUGAUUUGUGCCUGGUGUCCUCACGAAAAGGUGAAGGAGUGUGUGCCCAGGAUUCUGACAUUCCCUCCUCCCCUGAAGGCUGGGGAGCAGCUGAACACACGUGGCAGACAGGACUCCCAGACCUGGCACGUUGUUUUCGACACAAUGUCUCAUAAAUAACAACUCACUGUGUAGCUGAGGAUGACCUUGACUGCCUCCACCACUCAAGUGCUGGAUUUCAGGGUCUAUAGGUCAGGCUGGUGCCAUACUUGUGACCCUCUUGCCUCAGUCUCCCGAGUGCUGAUAUUAUAGGUGCAUCAACCCAUACGGGACUCGCUCUGAGCUUCCAGGGGUCAGUGGACUCAUAGGGACAGAGGAGUUACUCAGUUCUACAGAAGUUGGCAUUAGGUGAAUUCCAAUCUAGGAUAUAGGCUGGCAGAUGUCAAGGCAAAAGAAGGAGCCAGGUCAAAAUGGUGAAAAGCUGUGGAUUUGGACGCUAAUGGUAAUGGGAUGUUCAUUGUCAAAGAGUGGAGGAUGAGAGAAACGGCUCCUUGGAUGUUAUGCACACAGCUCGUACAGGGCUGCAAAGAGACCCGUGGAGUUCGCUUAUCGAGCUUUCCGGGGACUUGGGCAUUUCCGGCGGAAGCGGACGCUGCUAGCCAUUCUUCUAAUUUAAAAUGCUGUUGACUACGACUUCCAGUGUCCUUUGCGCCGGGAUGAAGAAAGGAAGCGGAAGCUGCAUGGAGAGCUUGCUGCAGUGCCACCAGCUGGAGAACAAACCCUCAACAUUUUAUAAUCAUAGCUUGUAGGGUGGAGCAAAGCUUCACCAAGGAGAUGGUUUGAGCUGUAUCUUGAAGGCGCUAGAGAUCAACAGCCCAGGAAUGGUACUGCCUACAGUGAGCUGAGCCCUCCCAUCACAUCAGCCAUCAAGCAGGAAAAUGCACCACAGGCCAGUCUGGUGGGGGCAUUUUCUUUAUUGAGGGCUCCAUCUUCCAACAUGAUUUUGUCUUGUGUCAAGUUGACAUAAAAACUAGCCAGCACAGCAUAAGAGAGCUCUAUCCAGGUAACACACACCUUGAGAACUCUGAGUUCAAGGCCAGCCUGGUCAGCAUAUGGAACUCCAGGCCAUCCAAGGUGACAGCGGCAUGGCUGUGUCCCAGGCGUUCCUGCCAGGGCCUACUCAUGAACCUACAGGCCCCUUGAUGGAGCCUCUGCCUUGCACUCGAAGCUUGGCUGAGGGCUUCCUGGAGGAGGAGCUUCGACUCAAUGCUGAACUUCGUCAGCUGCAGUUUCCAGAGCCCGUGGGUGUCAUCUAUAACCCAGUGGAUUAUGCUUGGGAGCCGCACAGUAACUACGUGACUCGCUACUGCCAAGGUCCCAAGGAAGUGCUCUUUCUGGGCAUGAACCCAGGACCCUUUGGCAUGGCCCAGACUGGGGUACCCUUUGGAGAAGUGAAUGUGGUCCGGGACUGGUUGGGAGUUGGGGGCUCUGUGCGGACCCCUCCCCAAGAGCACCCUAAGCGACCAGUGUUGGGACUGGAGUGCACACAGUCGGAGGUGAGCGGAGCCCGAUUCUGGGGCCUUUUCCGGGCCCUCUGCGGACAGCCCCAUGUCUUCUUCCGACAUUGCUUUGUCCACAAUCUGUGUCCUCUGCUCUUCUUGGCUCCCAGCGGACGAAACCUUACCCCAGCUGAGCUGCCAGCCAAGCAGCGGGAGCAGCUACUGAUGAUCUGCGAUGCAGCCCUCUGCCGGCAGGUUCAGCUACUUGGGGUGCGGCUGGUAGUGGGAGUGGGGCGGCUUGCAGAACAGCGGGCAAGAAGAGCUCUGGCAGGGCUGAGCCCGGAGGUGCAGGUGGAGGGGCUGCUGCAUCCCUCUCCUCGAAGCCCACAGGCCAACAAGGGCUGGGAGGCAGCGGCCAGGGAAAGACUCCAAGAGUUGGGGCUCCUGCCUCUGCUAACCAGUGAGUGCCCAGCCAGGUCUAGUACACCUUAGACACCCAGGCUUGCAUAGCAGGUGACUACACACAGGGUUUGCUGGGUUCCCUGGUGGAGGAAACGUUUUCACCCCUGUGGACUGUCCUCUAAUGGCCAGGCAGACUCUGAUCUCAGGGUGGGCAGCUCUCCUGCCGUCUUCCCAUUCCUUGAGCAUCACGCUUGUGUCUUCAGUGGCUUGUACUGGGCAGCAUCAGCAGAAGGUGGGCCUUUUUACUCACGUAGUUUCCUUGGGAGCCUCUGUGUGCAGAGGGUCCUAGAUAGGGAUGCGUGAGGUCAUAUUUGAAGUUGUGGAGGAAAGAUCAUUUUAAUUUUAAUCUUUCCUCUUUUGUUUUUUUUUAUUGGCAUGGUUUUUGGCACUGCCUCAUGUACACUAGGAAAGCUAACGCUGAUCUACCUCCGCCUUUUUUGACACUAACUGUGCAUAUUAGUGGGGUUCAGUGUGGUGUUUCCACACAUGCAUUAAGUGUACUGAUGGAGUCCAACCUCCCUUUAUCUGUCCUCUCCACACCUUCCCCUCCCCAGCCAGAGGACAAUCUUUCCAGGAGCCCUACUUAUCCUUACAGAACACUUCCCUCUAGCUGGCUCCUCUCUUCCCAGGAGCCAGGACAGACAUCAUGUUGAGAAUGAACUUCUUAGCCAGGUGUCCUGGCACACCCUUGUAAUGUCAGCACGCAGAAGCAAGAAGAUCAGGUUAGGUUCUGUCUCAGAAAUAAAUAAAUAAUAAAAAUGUAAUUUCUUCAGGGAGGCCAAGGUUGGAUCUGAGGGAGACUUCUAUGUGGUAGACUAGGAAAGGUCUAGAUUUUCAUUCCCCUCUCCCCCAUGAGGUCUGUGAACUUAAAACAAAACAAAACAAAAACCCUCUUUCAGCCAGGCAGUGGUGGGACAUGUCUUUAAACCCAGCACUUGGAAGGCAGAGGCAGGAGGAUCUCUGCAUUCAAGGCCACCUUGGUCUGCUAUGUGAGCUCUGGGACAACC